UAGCAAACCAAUGAUCCAACAAUGAUUCACUCAGAUAUACAUCACAGUAGAGAAGAAAAGCCUAUCACAACUUCUGUUCCUUGCUGACUUUAAAAAAAAAAAAAAAAAUAGGUCACCAAAUAUAUUUUUUUUAAUUCAGGAACGUGUUGUUGUGAUUUUGCAUUUUUACUAAUUCAAGCAUAAUGUGUGUUUUUCUAAGAUUUCAGUUUUUAGUUUAGCCCAUUAAAUACAACAUUGCUGCUAAUGUAAAUAAUUCUGAAUCACAUUUUUCUUUGCUCUUCAGAUGUUAUAAGCGACACAAUGUAAAUAUAUCUAUUUUGAGAGAUUGAAUUCAUGAUUCUGUUAUCAUAAAGAAGGAUAAAGAUAAGGGAGAAAGAGAUAAAGAUAGAUAUAGAAGAGCUGAUGCAUGCAGUAAACAGACACUUCACCAUACACAUGACAGGCCACUAACCAACUGGUCUGUGUUACUUCACCUGGUAAUUGUAUGUGCUUCUCAGAUCAAAGUUCUUCUCCAACUCUGACUUUACUGGUAUGUUUAUAAGUGCGCGAAACCCUGUUGUCGUCUCCUGGUUAACAUGGACUCCGUGUGGAGAAUCAUUCUCUUCAUAGUUCUUCUCAUGUUCAAGGUGCAUGCCCUUCCAACAGAAUAUGGCAAGGAUGCAGAUGCAGGUGAAUUACGGGAGGACAUUCUUGAAAUCAAUUUAGAUUCCCAGAGAGAUUUGUUUGAAGGAGAUAUUGCUGGAGAUCCACGAAGAAAUGCAAUAUUAGAUGAAAAAGCAAGAUGGGAGUUUCCCAUUCCAUACAUACUCACAGAUAGUUUGGAUCUUAAUGCAAAAGGAGUGAUUCUUCAAGCAUUUGAAAUGUAUCGUCUCAAGUCUUGCGUGGACUUCAAGCCCUAUGAAGGAGAGAGCACCUAUAUUUCUUUCACAAAGCUGGAUGGAUGUUGGUCAUUUGUGGGAGAUUUAAAGAGCGGCCAGAACGUCUCCAUAGGGGACAGAUGUGACACCAAGGCCAUCGUAGAGCAUGAACUUCUCCACGCACUGGGUUUCUACCAUGAACAGUCUCGCUCUGACAGAGAUGACUAUGUUCAAAUUUGGUGGGAUCAAAUCAUUCCAGGAAAGGAGCACAAUUUCAAUAAGUAUGAGGAUGAUUUUAUAACCGAUUUGAACACGCCCUAUGAUUAUGAGUCCAUCAUGCACUACAGGCCUCUGUCUUUCAACAAGGACCCUGAUGUUCCCACCAUAACCACUACCAUCCCUGCCUUCAAUAACGUAAUAGGACAGCGCUUAGACUUCAGUGCUCUUGAUUUGGAAAGACUGAAUCGCAUGUAUGACUGUUCUGCAACCCACACUCUUCUGGAUCAAUGUGCCUUUGAGCAGAUCAACAUUUGUGGAAUGAUUCAGUAUGAUGAAGAUGAUGCUGACUGGGUCCAGACUUUGAGCUCUACAGAUGUAAAGGACCACACACUUGCAGGAAACUGCAGAGAUGCAGGCUAUUUUAUGAAGUUUGACACCGCUAACAAGGCUAAGGGACACUCAGCUUUGUUGGAGUCACGGAUUCUUUACCCCAAGAGAAACCAGCAGUGCCUCGAGUUCUUCUACAAGAUGACUGGGGACUCUGGUGACCAGCUCAUCAUUUGGGUCAGAAGGGAUGAUGGAACUGGCACUGUUCACAGAGUCAAAAAAGUUCACACAAUCACAGGGGAUGGGAAUGAGUCAUGGAAGAUUGCACACGUCACUCUAAAUGUUGAGGAAAAGUUCCGGUACUUCUUUCAGGGUAUUGUUGGCUCCAACAAAACAUCAGGAGGGAUCUUUAUAGAUGACAUUACUCUGACUGAGACAUCAUGCCCAAAUUCUGUCUGGAGGAUUCAGAACUUCACCAGUCUCCUUAAUACUAUCCCACAGGGUGACAGAGUUCAGAGUUCUCGAUUUUACAACUCUGAGGGUUACGCUUAUGGAAUUAAUGUGUAUCCAAAUGCCAGGAAUAACUCGGCUGAAAAAUUUGUUGGGAUCACUUUUCACCUCUUCGCUGGUGAGAAUGAUGCAGUAUUAGAAUGGCCUGCAGCGAAUCGACAGGUCACUAUUACGGCUAUGGAUCAAAAUCCAGACACAAAACUUCAAAUGUCUAACAGCAGAAGCUUCACCACUGAUUCUGACAUUCGGUGGAGUAAACCAUCUACGGUUGGAGAAUGGGACGACAGCUGCUUUUGCUUCAGAGGUCCAGAGUUUGGUUGGGCCACUUUCAUCUCACACGAUCAGCUCAAUAGGCGGGACUUCCUCAAGAACGAUGACCUGAUCAUCACUGUUAAUUUCGAUGAUUUGACACAUCUUGUAAAAUCUGAAGUUCCAACCAAGCUCCAACUCUCAAGCAACCCCCAGCCUGCAGAAGAAAGCUUUGAGAGCCCGAAAGUCCGAGAGCGACGAGCGAUCAGCGACCCAUGUCAGCCAAACCCCUGCCGUAAUGGAGGAGCUUGUGUCGUACUUCAGGGGAUGGCAACAUGCAGAUGUGUCUCUGGACAGGCCAUUGUGUACACAGGAGACACUUGUGAGAAACAGCACUUUGAUGGAGGAAUUCUGGGAGUUUUGAUCGGUGGUGCUGCAGGAACUGUAGUUCUUACUGUUGCCAUUAUAGCGGUGAUCUACAGGCAGAACUAAACCUAUUUCAUCAUAUUUGACAUCUGAAUAACCACUCUGUGAUAAGCAAAAAGAAAAUAAUUUUUAUUGAUGAACCAUCUUACAAUAGUAUACCCAAGAACUUUUAUUGAUAAUAAAACUUGUAUUAUUAACAA